AUGUUAACUCAUAAAUAUAAUGGGGAAGUAACUUGUAAGUAUAUUAGCUACUUGUUAUGUGAUCAAAUCCGUAAAAAUCAUGGUAAAUGUGAUGAAGGGACAUUUAAUAUGUUCAAAGAUUUUGUAGACACAUACAAUAAAAAUACUGGGAAUUCUGUAUGUAGUAAUCUUUUAAAACACUUAGAUAUUUAUGUAUUUCAAAAAAUGAAAGCCUUAUAUGAUUUGUAUGAUAAGUAUAUGGAGAUAUCACAAAAAAAUGCGGAUAAGUAUUAUUAUUACUGCAGUGACAUGCUUUAUUUAGUUCGAUUAUAUAAUCUUUUUUUAUAUCAUAAUUCAUCCAAUACCUUAGAAUUUAAUGAUGUUUUGACGCAAUUUCAAGUACUAAUGGACACUAUUACAGAGACAGGAAGGAAGCAUUGUGAUGGGAAACGUUUUUCUAUACUUAAUCUAGAUUUAUUUAAACCAUAUAUGGUACAAACACAACAACUGUCCAACACAUUAUCAGGACCAGAAAGUAAACCAUCACAAGAUAACACAUUAGAGAGUGCAGGUAUACCAAAACCUCCAGGAGUAACAAGUUCAUUAACAACGUCAGUAGAAGAACAAGAAAGAGAAGUUCUUGAAAAUUCAAAAAGAUCUGUAGUAUCAAAAACAUUAGAA